GAAAAACAGAGGCUGUCAUCAACAACUUCAGCCCACACUAUCGGCGCCAGCACGCCGUGGCUUUCUGCCGGCACGUGCAGGAGGAGCUGGAGCAGCACCGCGAUUCCCAGUCACGCUUCCUGAAAACCAAGCCCCCUGUGGAAGCUGGGACAGUUUUGUACGAGGCAGAGCUGCUGCAUUUCGCUGAGGACCUGAAGAAAUGGAAGGACAGAUACGUCGUUAUCAGGAAUGACUACACUGUGGAUUGCUUUGAGACCAAAGAGGCCUACCAGAAAGGAGCUAGCCCUAAAUAUCAUGUCCUUCCUGCAGGAGGCAAAGUGCUGACUUCAGAAGAAGAUUACAAUUUGCUGUCUGAUAAACAUUUCCCAGAUCCUGUUGGCUCGAGUGAGAAGGAGGUGUCUCCAGCCUUUGUCCAGCUGCCGAAGGAGUUCCCGGUUUACCUGUGGCAGCCCUUCGCCCGGCACAGCUACUACUGCUUUCCUGAGCCAGAAGCUCAGAGGCACUUCAGCACUCUGCUGGGAGACUGUGUGAGACACUCCAACCACGAUUUUCUCAAGCAGACUACGUAUGAAGUUGAGGCUUUCUUAGAAGCCAUUCAGUUCUUCCGGCAGGAGAAAGGCCACUAUGGCACGUGGGAAAUGAUAACUGGCAAUGAAAAAGAGAUCCUGAGCAACCUGGUGAUGGAGGAGCUCCUGCCUAACCUCCAGACCAUGAUCCUGCCUAAGAUGAAGGGGAAGAGGAACGACAGGAAGCGAGCCUGGUUUGGUAUUGUAGAAGAAACUUACAGCUUAGUGCAGCAGCAGGUGGCAGAAGGACUAAGUACCUUGAAAGAAGAAUGCAGAGAAUUUGCAAAAACUCUUGAAGGAACCAUUCGUUCAGACAUGGAUCAGAUUCUGAACUCCAAGAACUUCUUAGCUGGAAAAAUCAAAGCCACUGUCUCUGAGCCUGCCCAGAAGUGCUGCACAGAAAGCAUCCAGCCCUUUCUCACCUCCAUCCUGGAGGAGCUCAUGGGCCCAGUGAGCUCUGGAUUCGCCGAAGUGCGCUCGCUCUUUGAUAAAGAGGUCAAUGAAAUCAUCCAGGACUUCCAGAAGAACAAUGAUAUGACAAAGCUAAAGGAGAACGUGGAUCAGCUCAUGAACCUGCCCUUUGACUCUGUGAAAAUGGAGCCCUGCUAUCUGAAAGUGAACCUCCUCCAGGAGCUCCUGCAGGACCUCAAGAGUCGUUUCAAGGUCUACCACAUCGAUUUUGUGAUUCAGAGGACACAGAACUUCAUGCAAGAGCUGAUGGAAAAUGCAGUUUAUACCUUUGAGCAGUUGUUCUCCCCAAGUCACCAGGCAGACUCGGCCAAAGUGGCAACAACCAUGGAAAAAGUCAAGCUGAGAGUGCUGAAGCAAUACGACUACGACAGCAGCACCAUCCGGAAGAAGAUCUUCCAGGAAGCUCUGGUACAGAUUACCUUGCCCACAAUGCAGAAGGCAUUGGCUUCAACGUGCAAACCAGAGCUGCAGAAGUUCGAGCAGUUCAUUUUUGCAGAUUACACUAGUGUGAUCCAAGUAGAGAACGUGUAUGAAGAGAUUUUACAUCAGACACUGCUUGAGGAAGCCCUGAAAGUGAUAAAGGAAGCUGCUGUUCUGAAGAAGCACAACCUUUUUGAAGACAACCUGAAUGUGCCCUGUGAAAGUGUGUCCAGCUUGACAGAGCUGAGGACACCCUCAGGGUCAGCACAGACCACUCCUGCCAAGAAACCCUGUGCAGCCCGAGCUGAGGUGUCCGACACCGAGAGCCACAGCGACGAAACGCUCGUCCUCACAGCAAGAAUUGCCUGGGAGAAGGGUGGUGAUGAGGGAAAGCCAUCAGCCAAAGAGGCUGUCCCUGCUCCCACUGCAGCUGGGGAUCAGCCCAGCGACAGGGAAGCUGUGGUUGUUACAGACAGUGCUGAGUCCCCUCCAGCUACCCACACAAAACACAGAGGUGCAGAGGGGAAAAGCACGUUGGAGCAUGAAGCAGAGUGUGGAGUGAACACUGAGAAAGGGCACGAGACACAACAAGCUGCUGGGACUGAAACUGCAGUGCAAAAUGUUGGAGCCAGCCCUAAAAAAGAACUGAAGGCACCUGAAGGAGGCACAGAGGAAAAGGUGAUUUCGGAGAGUCAAGUGGCAGUGGAUGCUGCGUUUGUUGGUGGCACUGAAAAGGAAAGCAGAGCACAGGAUGAAGUUUCUGAGAUAAAGCUGAGUCCCCCACCUGAGAGGGCAACAGAAGCAGAGGUUCUAGGGAUUGCUGAAAAGAAAAUCACGGUAGAAAAAGAAAUGAUGGAGAAAUUAUCUCAGGCAGAUACUCCAGCUGAGAACAUCAUGGAGGUGUGUGAGGCUGAGAUACUGAAGUUGCAGGAGGACAAUAGAGGGAACAGUGAGUUGAGCCAAUUGGCUGUGGCAGACACUCAGGUGAUCCAGACCAUGCCAGAUAAAGCUGCAGCAGGAGGUGUGGAGCUCCAGGAGGAACAAACAUCUCCAUCUAGUCUGGGGGCAGAUGGCACAGACCUAGAGAGGGUGUCCAAGGGGCCCUGCAGCGUGGCACAGGCAGAGUGGCUGGUGGAAGGCCCAGACCCACCUCAGGAGGCGAAAGCAGAGGUGGAGGUGGAGCAGAGUGUGUGGUACACGG